GGCUGAACUGCUGUCAGCGUACAGAAGAUGGUGGCGGCUGCAGCCGCUGUGUUUUGCGCGCCGCAGCAGAAAUGCGCACAGAAGCGGUUCAGCUGCCCCCAAAUGGUCAAAUAACCAGGAAAGAAGACAUUCAUGCUUCUUUACAGGGGAAACAAAGGCGGGACUUUGGAGCAGCCCUGAUAUCAAAUUAUUCUUAAAUGAAAGUGGUUUUAUUUGGAUGUGUGACCAGCAUCCCAGCAGAGCUCAGCCAGUUAAAGUGGACGGAUCAGAGCGGCGCUAAGCUGUAACCUGUGGGGCUGAGGUGUGAAUGUGGAGGGGGGCGUGGAGAGGAGGUGGAGACCCCCUUUUUUUUUUUUUUUUUUUUUUUUUUUUCUUGUUUAGGUUUUUGUGGCAUUUGGAAGCGGUGACCCAUCGAUAGCGAGCAAACUUUACGCCGGUUAAAAAAGAGAAAAUCGCAGGACUCUUAGACUCUGCUCAAGGUGAUGUUUUUCUUUGCAGCUGUCACUCAGGAACAGCCACGGUGAGAUUAUUUGGACCAUCGGGACGUUUCCCCUCCUUUUUUUUUUCUGGGGCGCAGUCUCUGUCACGAUGGUUUGGUGCCAUGUGGCAGGAUAUUAAAACACAACGCUGGAUUGAAAGUGCUUUAUGCAUAUCCUCGGGGAGCGUCACCAGGUGAUUAUGCAGUAAAUCCAAAUAUUUAAUUAGGUGACCACAUCCUGUGGACCUGCUGGCACAAAGAUCUCUUGAGUUUGGUGGAGUGGAAAGUCAGGAAAGGACGAGGCUCUGUCCGUAAAAACAGUUGCCAUUAGGCCCCGGAGCAAGCAGCAUGUCUGGAUUUAAAAGCCUCUGCGCUCAUGUUACUGUUGAUCUUAUUCCAGCAACAGAAGUGACAACAACUCUGCAGCAGAACUGCUUUGCGUGAAGGCUUGCCAAAUAAACAAAACAUGGGCUCGUUGAGGAAGUAGCUAUUUUUGAAUUUGCUCAAUGAAAAUGAGGAAAAACUGAACGGAUCAAGUGGACUGGACAUUGAAGUAUUAAUUUUAUUGACUUAUUUAUUGGGCUCUCCAAAUUUAGCUGCAACUUCAGGCGUCCUCUGAGCUCAUGUAUUGAUUUUCAUUCAGCUUUUUCAGUUUGGCCCAUUAUUUUCGCAGUUUUUCUGAAUAUUUUUCUAAUGAGUGAAUCAAAGCCUUGGCUGCUUAGUCGACUUGGACUGGAUCAGCAGGCAGUGGACCUUGCAGUUUCGAGUGCGUCAAAACAGAGGGGAAUGUAGAGGAAUGCAGAGACUGACGUCAAGAGGGCAAUAAUGAACUGCUCUAAAACUUUAGUCUGCUGGUCCAGUUACAGCCAGAGAUCUGUAAACUGAGUAGAUGCUUUGAAAGCUGUGCUUUGUGUUCAUUUUGUUGGGGCUGGAUACUUUGCCUUACCUCUCUGUCUACAUUUUCUCACAAGUCACUGUUUUCUUCUUGCUUAUUGAUAGAGAAAAAAAAAGACAGUAUGGCAUCUCCCCAACAUCAACAGCUGUUGCCUCACAACACAGAAGUGUGCUGUGACUCAAGUGGAGAUGGAGGCGUCUCGGUGAGAAUUGGCAGCAGUGUCAAACACAAGCAUGUUGGAGGGCCCCUGGGUUCAAUCGGGGGAGGCUUCAUAGGAGCAACCAAGCACUGCAAGUACAGCAUUUCUUCGAGCUGUAGCUCCGGGGAGUCUGGAGUGAGGAGGCCGGUGGUCAAGAGCUUUCGUGGUCACAAGGGGAUGCCUCAGCUCUUUGAGAGGUCGGCAGGCCAUUUCUGGGACCCAAAGUUUGACUCCUCGAUCUUGGAGGAGGCCUGUCGAGAACGGUGUUUCCCCCAGACUCAGCGUCGCUUCCGCUAUGUGCUUUUCUUUUUGGUGGCCGCCAGUUUCCUCUGGGGGGUGUAUUUUGCUGCCAAUCCAUCUCGUUGUGACAGGGUUAUUUUUCUGCUUCCCACCACUUCCUUUCUUCUCUUCUGCCUACUUCUCUUUCUCUUGACUUUUACCAAGCUGUACUCUCGCUGCUACAACCUAGCAUCUCUGCUGCUUGUCCUUGUAACCUUUAUCUUGACUCUGGCCCCCCAAAUCCAGACAUUAGGCUUUAGGGACUCAGAUAUUUCCACGCCUGUGCCUGAAGUAGAAGAAUGGAGUGACAUGGGGCUCAUUUACAACCAGUCCUAUGAGAAGCUUGUGAGAAGUAGCUGCAGGUCUCCUUGUCUUUCAUCUGUAGGCACCUUCUCCCUCUGUAUCGAGGUUCUUCUUCUGUUGUAUAGCGUCCUCCACUUUCAUCUUUAUGCCUCUGUCCUGCUGGGAGUUUUCUACUCUGUCUUGUUUGAGAGUUUGGGCUGGCUGCAACUGACCCAGACAGAGGAGAACUGGAGCCUAGCCUCUCCAGCAGACUGGGAAACACUCAGCUGGUUGGGCCCAGCCAAAGCCUUGCUUCAUCUUUGCGCUCAUGCCAUUGGCAUCCACCUGUUCAUCAUGUCUGAAGUGCGUUCACGCAGCACCUUUCUUAAGGUUGGACAAGCCAUCAUGCACGGCAAAGACCUGGAGGUGGAGAAAGCCUUGAAGGAAAGAAUGAUUCACUCUGUCAUGCCCAGAAUUGUGGCAGAUGAGUUGAUGAAGCAGGGUGAUGAGGAGAUUGGCGACAGUUCGAUGAAACGUUACUCCACUAGUGGUGCAGCUGCCGUCAUCUCCAGCCCAAAAAACAACAAACGCAAGAAAACCUCUAUCCCCCGAGGCCAGAUCAUCUUCAGGCCCUUCAACAUGAAACGAAUGGAGCCUGUUAGCAUCCUCUUUGCAGACAUUGUUGGCUUUACCAAAAUGUCUGCCAACAAAUCAGCUCAUGCUUUAGUUGGGCUUUUAAACGACUUGUUUGGACGUUUUGAUCGACUUUGUGAACUUACAGGCUGUGAGAAGAUCAGCACGCUAGGAGACUGUUACUAUUGCGUGGCUGGUUGUCCAGAACCCAGACCGGACCAUGCGUACUGCUGCGUAGAAAUGGGCCUGGGCAUGAUUCAGGCCAUUGAGCAGUUCUGCCAGGAGAAGAGGGAGAUGGUGAACAUGAGGGUGGGUGUUCACACUGGGACCGUGCUGUGUGGGAUCCUGGGCAUGAAACGCUUCAAGUUUGACGUUUGGUCGAAUGAUGUCAACCUGGCCAAUCUGAUGGAGCAGCUGGGCGUAGCUGGAAAAGUCCACCUAUCACAAGCCACGUUCAACUUCCUGGAUGAUCGUUACCAGCAUGAAGAUGGACAGGUGAAUGAGAGGAUCGGACAAAGUGUGGCAGACCAGCUCAAAGGCAUGAGGACCUACCUUAUCUCUAGCAGAAAGGUUGAGUCCCUAUGUAACUGCUCCCAGAUGGGACUGUCUAGACCAGAACAUGCAGACUUUCAGUGUCCUGUGCCCAGAUUGCACACGCCUGAUGGAGCUGCUUUAGCCUGCACCCUUCCCCAAGACAAAUCCAAGUCUCCCUGUCUGUCCUGCAGUAUGACCCUAAUAGCAGGAGAGGAUCAGGUUCUAGAGGAAGGAAUAGUGCACAAUGGCUGCCGUGAAGACAACAAAACAAAUAGCAAGGACUCUUCAAAUUUGAAGUGCUCCCCUGCGAUAUCUGCUGGGCGCAGCCCCAAAACUGUGAAUGGUCUUCUCAGUCCUCAGCUGGAGGCCUUGAAUAAUAGCCAGACGUCGCUGUGCGAGAUGCUGCAGGAAAAGGAGAAGAAGACAUGGAGUGGAGGAGCCAUGGGCAUGGACCACUCGGCGCUCAUCCCUCUGCGGUCCAAAAACUUCAGGGAGAGGAGUGACGCUCACUUUGUGGAUGUUAUCAAGGAGGAUAGUCUCAUGAAGGAUUAUUUCUACAAACCUCCCUUAAACAAGCUGAGCCUCACCUUCUUGGAGAAGAGCCUGGAGUCUGCUUACAGGAUAAGCUACCAGGAGGAGGUGGAAAACCAAGCAGCGGUGCAGACAUUUGCCAGUCCGACAUUCAGUUCUUUCCUGGAUAUGCUUCUGUGCUGUUUAGUAGUUUUUGCCCUCUCAAUUGCCUGUUUCCUUCGACCACAAGUAACUCAGCAGAGCGUUUCCAGACUGGCUCUUACUCUGACAUCUGUAGCUGCAAUACUGGAGGCUCUGGCUUUGUUGUUUGCUAUACGUAUGGCUUUCUACCUGGACAGUGUGCUGAGCUGCACUCGGGUGCUGAUGAGAGCCGUCUCAGGCUGGGUGAUGCGUCACUUAAUCGGAGCUGUCCUGGUGUCUCUGCCUGGUGUGGUGGUCCUCUCCCACGUCUCCUGUGACAUGCAUCUUUCUAUUCAGUACACCAUGUUCAUCUGUUGUGCGAUCAUCAUAGCUAUUAUUCAGUAUUGUAACUUCUGCCAGCUCAGCUACUGGAUGCGCUCAGCAGUGGCUACACUGGUGGGACUCGUGAUGCUUGUUUUGCUCUUCAGCUCUCCCUGCAGGACUGAUGCUCAAAACAAUGUUGGCAACAGCUCCAUCUUUUUGUCUGACAACCCAACAAGUUCUGACCCGCAAACCCACCUAAAAAUCCUUGCUCCCGAAGCCUGCGUGGCCUUUUUCCUUCUCCUCCUCCUGGUCUGGUUCCUUAACCGUGAGUUUGAGGUCAGCUACCGUUUGCAUUACCAUGGCAAUGUGGAAGCCGAUCAACACCGCAUCAAGAUUCAGAACAUGAGAGACCAGGCCGACUGGCUGCUUCGCAAUAUAAUUCCGAUUCAUGUGGCCGAGCAACUUAAGGUGACCCAGAGUUACUCUAAGAACCACGACAAUGUGGGGGUUAUAUUUGCCAGUAUUGUUAACUUCAGUGAGUUUUAUGAAGAAAGCUAUGAGGGAGGCAAGGAGUGCUAUCGUGUCCUUAAUGAGUUAAUUGGUGACUUUGACGAGCUCCUACGCAGGCCUAUCUUUGCAAACAUCGAAAAGAUCAAGACGAUCGGUGCCACUUACAUGGCAGCGGCUGGACUCAACGCUCAGCAGUGCGCAGAUGCAGCUCAUCCUCACGCACACCUUCGUGCUCUCUUUGAGUUUGCCCUGGAGAUGAUGCGAGUGGUGGAUGACUUCAACAAGAACAUGCUUGGCUUUGGCUUCAAGCUCCGCAUUGGAUUCAAUCACGGCCCUCUGACAGCAGGGGUGAUCGGAACCACAAAGCUCCUCUACGAUAUCUGGGGCGACACUGUCAACAUUGCAAGCCGCAUGGACACGACAGGUGUGGAGUGUCGCGUUCAGGUCAGCGAGGAGAGCUACUGUGUCCUCAGUGGCAUGGAUUAUGAAUUUGAUUAUCGGGGCACAGUUAAUGUCAAAGGCAAAGGUCAGAUGAAGACUUUCCUUUUCCCAAAAAGCAGUGACAGUGGUCCUGUACCUCAGUACCAGCUCUCUGUCUCGCCUGAGAUUCGAGCGCAGGUGGAUGGCAGCAUUGGGCGCUCUCCCACUGAUGAAAUUGCUAGCAUGGUCCCCACAACGAGCAUGAUUGCGAGCUGUACCAAUACAAUGGUACCCAGCGCCAGCGCUGGUUCCUCAAAUCUUACAGGUCUCAGUCAAACAAAAGAGGCAGAAAUCCAUCACAGAAGUCACUCCACAGGAACUUCUUAUCCCAGACGAUCAGUGUCUCACAGUGGCCUAACAUCCAUACCUGUAGCCAGUCUUGAAGGACAAUCGUCAAAUAACAAACAGCUUAUCAUCUCAUCCUCAGUCCAGCAAGAUACACCCCGAAAUCCAACAAAGUCCUCGAAAGACGUCAAGAAAGACAAACAUGAGAAUGAUAAUGACGUCAAUGCUGGAGAGUUAACCAGGCUUUAGGCAUUUGCUACAAUGGCACUUUUCUUAUCUGCCUUUGAACCUUUAAGCUAUUGUUCCUGCAGGUUGACAUGUAUACAUGCUAUAGUUUUGGUCCUACUUAAGGUGGAGGUGGAAGUUUUGAAAGAAUAUGUGAACUUUUUUUUUUAUCAGCCAUGAUUCAGGUGGUUUGUUGUAUAAAUAUGAUAGACUGAUUUUAUCAAGAGCUUGGUGGACCUCACAAAGGUUGUUAGGCAGGAACACAUAAGAAACUGGGAAAAUGUUGCAGCUGAUGCUGAUUUCCCUUCUUGCCUGCUAAAAAUCUCACAGUCUCCCAUUAACUUACUUGAUUAUCUUUGCACUUUUAAUAUUGAUUAUUUUUUCAAAUGUCUUUUAAGUGCCUUUAGAAUAGAAUAAGAUACAAACUAGGCCUUUUUGACUAAGAAAAUGGCAUAAAGGGAAAAUAAGAACACAUUUGGGGGGUGGAAUAUUUGCUUUUCUUACAGCUUUACUUUUUAAAGUGCAGUAUGUUUUGCUAUGACACUUUUGCCUUUGUGUUCAAGAGUAAAUCAAAGUGAAAAGUAUUAAUAUUUGUGGUAAGUUGGAAAAAAAACCCCACUAUUCUAACAUGGUAAAACCUGCACAAAAACGCUGCAGUGCCUCUGUGUUAAAACCAGAAAAUUCCACAUGAACGUUCUAGCCAGGACUAAUCGAUACAGGCAGACAAGUCUGAGCUGUGUGAGUGUAUUUCCAUAAAUGCAGUGUAAUGCAUCUCUGUGUUUAUUGUCUAACUUCAGGCAGGGUUUAAACAGUAGAGGUAGCUGUGAGCUACACAAAUGUCUUGUCCAAAUUGCAAAAUUACACUUAUUUGGGGGUAGGUGGGUGGGGGGAUGAUGAAAUCUUGUUUGCUGAUGUGGCAGCUUAUUCUCUACACACAGAUAAAAUCUUUGUAUUGUCACAACACUUAGGGAUGAUUUCCUCAGCUAUAUUUAUUCCGCAUGCUUGCGACAUCAUAAGCUUGUAGUAUUUGUGCCCUCUGCCCAAACUCCUGACUCUUGUGAGAAAUCAAACUAUUAAGGAGGAUUUCUAUGGCUUCUACAAUGAACUGGUGUACCUGUGGAUUAAAACUAUGACUUCAGAUGGACUUGAGGAAAAAAAAAACUGCCUAAAGAUUGGAAAUAAUUACGUUGUGUUUUAAAGUAGUUGAUAGUUAUUUUUUCAAGACGAUGAUAAUCAGUAGAAUGUAAUUUAUUUGCAUUUGUUACAUGGAAUUUGAACUGUUUAAGACCCUGCUCUGUAGUAUGUGAACGACAGUAGGCUACUGGAUGCAAACAAUGUUGACGCUUUUGCUGCCUCAAACUUUCAACUGCAUGUAACUUAAUGUGAUAGCACUGUAAAAGCAAAAAUGGUAAUUCUUGAGCUUUAAUUGUUUUUGGUUUAUGUUGAAUCAUUAUAAAUGUAUCUGCAUUUUCUAUUGGCAAAAAGGACUGUGUGCUCAAAAGCAAAAAGGUUUACUGUGAAGUCUGCUUGUCUUAUUUUGAGUUUUGUUUGAAUCUUUUCAAACUGCCAUUUCACAUUCAGAAUUUGUAAUACAGCAAAAAUUAAUAUUGCAUAAAAAACAAUAAGCUUUAUCUUUUUUUGUUAAUUAUAUUGUAUUUUGUAUUUGAUAUUAAAGAAUAGAGGAAUGGUAUUAGGUUAAAGUUGGAAUGUCUUGUACAUUUUGAUUCAGAUUUGAUUCAAUUUUGUCCUCACUUUAAGUUGAUUUAAUUUCUUGUAACAAUUUAUAUUUUUGCUUGGGUCACCUUUAAUUUUGAUAGUUUUUUCUAAGAUAUAUGAGCAGUGCCUUUUCUUGAAUUAAAUGUAAAAUUUCACAUUAAAAACAUUAUUUUGAAUCCCUUUUAUAAUUAGUAUUUUUAUGUGCAUAUAGAAUGUGCCAAAAGUUUGUCUAAAAAUAGUAAUAAAGGUUAAAAGGGAAAUAACCUCAUUUUGCAAAUGAGCACACAACCCUUGUAGCAACCCAUAAUUUGUUACACAACAAUAAAGGGAAAAUAGUUAUCUAAUGUAAAGUGCUAGUGGAGGUAGAAAUUUGAGUGUCUUAAAAAGCAAACAUGAACAUACCUUUAAUUUUGUCUUUGUAAUUUUGAUAAGCUUAUUCAAAUUUUGUGUUUUUGUGAUCAUACUUUUUCUGUGGACAAGAAAAAAAAAGAAUCUCUAUACAUGUUUGUAGGCAGUUUUUUUGUGUACAUGAGCAUACAGUUUGAGUUGAAUAUGCCUAAUUAAUUGAGUUGUAAGUGACAUUCUGAACCAGCAGAAACACACACUGGGAAUAUGUUGACGCCAAAGAGUGUCAUUGCCAUCUCUUACAAUUUCUUUGCUUAUCUUUAAGACUUUUUUGUCUUUUUCAUCAGAUCUUACACAGUCAAACUGUUAAAAUAUAAUUGCACAAGGGUUUCAUUUUUAUGUGCUUUAUGCUUUUCUAUUGUAAACCAUCUAAGCAUUGUUUAUUAUUUAUAUAAAUGCAUGCAUUAGAGUAUUAGUUUAAAGAGCUGCAAAACUUCAAUGUUGAAAUAAUACUUAUGUUCGCAUGUUACCUCUGAGUGUUUGUGAAAGUGUUUUGUGUGUAUUUUUUGAGAUCCUUGGAAAGAUAAGAAAUUUUAUCGAAACUUUCAUUAUAGCAAGAAAUAUAACAUGCAAAGGCUUUAAUCAAUACAAAUUUCUUUUUCUUUCUCAACUCACUAAAUAAAAUGUGGAGACACUAAGUUACAUGCUGGUAGGUAGGAUUGGACUAGUAAUUUCAUGUAGAAAACCAUUUUAUUCCCUUAUUUUUGAAAAUGUUUUUGUACAUAGCUCGCUGAUAGGUGAAGUGGAAGUUGUUAAAUAAAGAUGGUUGCUGGGAA